UGUGUGCAGGGCGGUCGCGGAGCGGGAGCUGCUGCUGCUAAGCGCUUGGGCUCGGUCGAGACUGCGGUGCUUGCUCCUUGCUCCAGCCGUCACCACCGCCGCCGAGGGAGCGGCCGCCUAUUGUCCUUCUCCGCAGCCAAGGCGCGGAGCUGCUCCGGCUCGGCCCGCGGGGGAGCCCGGGGAGCCGCACGUGUCCUGGGUCAUGAAACUUAGUCCACAACAAGCUCCAUUAUAUGGCGAUUGUGUUGUUACAGUACUGCUUGCUGAAGAGGACAAAGUUGAAGAUGAUGCUAUUUUUUACUUGAUAUUUUCUGGCUCUACCCUCUAUCACUGCACAAGUACUCGGAAAGUCAGUUCUGAUACAUUGGAGACAAUUGCUCCUGGCCAUGACUGCUGCGAGACAGUGAAGGUGCUGCUCUGUGCUUCCAGAGAGGGCCUUCCUGUGCUUGUCGUUGCUGAAGAAGACUUCCGCUUCGUCCACGAUGAGGCGUAUGAUGCAGCUCAGUUCCUGGCAACCAGCGCUGGAAAUCAGCAGGCUCUGAACUUCACGCGGUUCCUGGAUCGAUCAGGACCCCCUUCUAGAGAUGUCAACUCUCUGGAUGAGAAGGUUGCACUGGCAUUCAGACACCUGAAGCUGCCUGCCGAGUGGAACGUGUUAGGGACAGAUCACACUUUGCAUGAUGGCAGCCCUCGGGAAACCCUGAUGCAUUUUGCUGUGCGGCUUGGACUGCUGCGGUUGACAUGGUUCCUGUUACAGAAGCCAGGUGGCCGUGGGGCUCUGAGCAUCCACAACAAGGAAGGGGCAACGCCUGUAAGCCUGGCCCUGGAGCGCGGUUAUCACAAGCUUCACCAGCUUCUGACUGAGGAAAAUGCCCGUGAGCCGGACUCCUGGAGCAGCUUGUCCUAUGAAGUGCCUUAUGGCGACUGUUCAGUGCGGCACCACCGAGAACUGGACAUCUAUGCACUGACUUCCGAAUCCGAACCACAGCCUGAGCCCCAUGGAGACAGCUGCGCUGCACGCAUCUCUAAACUUAGGAAUAUCCAGCAGCAGCUAACGAAAACAAACUUGAAGCAGAUGGACAAUCUCGUGCCCUUAAUGGUGACAACACAAGAUUCUUCUUGUGCGCCCAGCAUACCAGAGACAGAUGGCCAGUUCCUUUCCUGUGUACCAGAGCCUUCUGACCACCAGCAGCCUCCUUUGGAAGAAACUAAGAGCACUUUGUGCUGCCAGGGGAGUCCUGGGGGGAAGGCUGAAAGCUCCUGUGAUUUGUCAAGUGUGGUUGAGGAAGAAAAUGUCGUCUGUUCUCUUAAGAAAAAUAAAGAUGCGGGGAGAAAAGGGGAAGAGGCGGAGCCGGCAUCUGCCACAGACUCUAGGUCUGCGUCUCAUCAAGACAGCUGCCUUCAGAGCAUACCCGACUGUGGAGUGAAGGGCACAGAAGACCUUCCAUCCUGUGGAAACAGAAACAAAGUAACUGGAACAAAAUAUUCUGGAGUGGCCGCAUGUCAGCAGGCACUGAGCAGCAGUAGCAGUGUGCUGCAGGAUGCCACAGUCGCAGAACCAGAUGCAUGCCAGCACUCUUCUGGAAGGGAGCUACCAGACAGCUCUUCAACCGAUGGUGGUGCCCCAGAAAAGGCAGAGGAACUGGAACAUAGCCUGCUUACCCCACAUGCUGCCACCCAGAACAGUAAGCCUCAAGUAGGGGAAGGCACAAAGGAAAGACUAGAGGAUUCAGAUGUUAGCAAAAUUGAAGCGACUGCUGUUCAAGUUUUAAGUGACCCCGUGGAGAGAGCUGAUAUUACAAACCAUGUCUUUUCCACCAGUGCCAUGGGUGCUAACACUCCUGCUGAGGCUUUACCUGCAUUGAAUCCUGAAGAAAUCCCCACUGAAAAACCAGAAAUGGAAACUCAGGAGAGAGGCUGUGAGGGGGGAGCCACAAGUGACCAGAGUGCCCAUGUGCUUCCUGCUGCUGCUACAGAAGACAAGGACAAGGCUUUAGGUGGACUGGAACCUGAUACUCCCGAGGCAGGCCUUGGUAACACAGCAUCACCCACAUCAGGGCCAAGUGUAGAUGGGAUGCCAAAACAAAACGCAGAGUCUAAUGCACAGCAUGCUCAGAGCCUAAAUAGCCAGGCCCCGCUCUGGCCUGUAGCUGGGGCUGGCACGCCUUCUGCUGAGUCUGCAUGUCAACAGAGCACAGUGACUUCUAGUGGCGGGUUGGUAGUAGAACAUGGCAGUGGUAAAGCUAGCCUGCCUGAAAGCACAACAGUGCAGCCAAACACACAAGAUCUUUGCACCACCCUCUGCCCAGAAGACCUACAAGCUGACACAGUCAUUUCUGACACUGUGAGAAAUACCCAGAAAUCUGUGGGAUUUUGUCAUCUCUGUGCUUUAGAUGCAAAGACUCAAGGAAAUGAUUUGAACCAAGAUACACCUUUAACGAAUGUGCUUGAGACUGUUCCACAUCUGCCUUCAGUUAUCCCUCAAACUGAGAAAAAACUAGUGCCAGAGCAGGUAUCACCUCCAGGCAGCAGUUUCUCUCUGGUAAGCAGUCCAGAGAGUGAAUCAGUAACCAAAGAUGACGCACUUUCUCAUGUCCCCUCCCAGAAAGAAAAGGGAACAGCAACUCCUCAGCUCCAUAGAGCUACAGCUUGUCGAGAUGGCCCAGAUGGAAGAGAUUUGAAUGAUACCGACAAGGUAGGAGACGGGCCCAGUGGCCCACCUACACCCUCUGCUGCAGAGCUUCAGACCAGCAUGGGGAAUACCAGCCCUGUAGGCACUGGUGGAGAACAGGAGGGUUCCUGCCCACCAGCAACACUUGAAGUGCUGAGCGACUCUUUACUACAAAGCGUGGAUAAAGCUGCUUUGGUUUCUGACUCUCUUCUGCCUGAAGAAGGUGGCAGUGUAGAAGUUCCAGAAAGUUCCACAGCUCUGGGGCAAGAUAGCAAAGAUAAAGCAGUGAGAUGUUCUUCUAUUAAAGAAGAUGUGCAUUCUUCAGAAAUGUCAAAGGAAGAGCAGAGAACACCACCUUCUGGGCAGGAGAUACCAAGAUUAUGUGAAAAACCUGUGUCGGCCCUCUGUGCCGAGGAUAAAGCACUGCAGCACAGUAACUCACCAGACAGUCCCUCUGCCUGUCUGAAAACAGAAACUAAAGACAGCAAGGAAGUGGCCCCACAGGUCUCCCCGCUGACUGAAGGUGGGGCCGUAAAGAGCCUGGUGCCACCAAGAACGAGUCCAGAGCAGAGCGGCUCAUCUCUGUUGCCAAGUCAGCUGCCAGGUGCUCCUGAGGCUCUCAGUGUUGGUGUGGAGGAUACUCAGCUUCAAGGGAAAACCAAUGCUUGCGAGGUAAGCAGAAAUGUGAUGGAGGAUGUUACAGUGGCUGAAGCUUUACCAGUUACAGCUGAGCCCAGAAGAAAGGAUUCAUCACACUACAUCAAAGACAUCCCAAUUUCAGAGUUGUUAAACCAAGAGAAGAAAAUGACUCCAAGUUUGCCAGAAGCUUUACUGGACAAAGGUGUCACUGACUUACAGGAAGUCAUAACCCCAGAGAUAGAACCAUUUGAGUGCAAGAGAGAGAAACUAGAGGGAACAGACCUUAGCUGUACCACGAGUAACUCCAAAGAGACCCCAAACAAUGAGAAAACAAUGCAGCCUUUUGCUAGGGACCUCCCUACAGAAACAGGGCUCUCAGCUAUCAAUGACAGUGUCCCCCAAGCUGACGUAAAGCAAGUGGCACAGGCUGCCGUCCCAGCAGAGGAAAGUAAUGCCCCCACUGUACUUGGAAUGGUCUCAACCCAAGCUGCAGAUGCACCUAUUGGAGCAGACUCCAUAGAGGAGGCCGCCACUAGGAUAGUAGAGGCUGUCAUCAAGCGAGUCAGGGCCUCCACCACACUGAUGACUAAAGAAGAAACCCAUAAUCCGUCACUGUCCAGUUCAGAGACUAAGCUAGAGAAUGCUUGUCCAGAGAGCACAUGUGCUACUCUACCUGGGGAGACCCUGCAGAGGGAGAAUACUCAUGAAGAAGCCACCGGGCACUGUGGCGUUGACACAGAGGAACCAGACAAAAUUAUUCUACAUGUCAACAGGCCUGAGCCAGCACCAGAAAUGCCAGACACCAAAACUGGAGAUGAAGUAGGUCUUCUGAGUAAGAUCAGCGCUGCUUCUGAGGAGGAGGAGGCUGGAAGAAAUGGAGCUGCCACACCCAAGAUGAAGCAAGGCCCCGGGACCCAGGCGAUCAACCGAGAAAGCUGGUGUGCCAUAAAGCCCUGCCCUGCCGCAGCGUCUCUCUUGGCUUCCAAGGAGAGCUCAGAAUGCGGGAGCUUCAUAGAUGUUGGACUAGGCACAGAGUGUGCCUCAAAAGAAGGCAUGCUCCAGAGAGUGUCGGGGAGUGAUUCUGACCUCUUUCACUCACCCAGUGAUGAAAUGGACAGCAUCAUCUUCUCAAAGCCUGAGGAAGAGCAGUUGCUUUGUGAUACAACAGGAUCCAGUUCUUCCACAGAUGACACAGCUUCCCUGGAUCGACAUUCUUCUCAUGGCAGUGAUGUGUCCCUUCCUCAGACUUCAAAGUUAAAGAGGUCCAGAAAUCAUCAAAGUUCCAAUGGCUUUUUCAGCCAUGGAGUGGGACCUGAGAGUCGGGAGAGUGAGAGUGAGCCUGCUGGCUCUGGUGAAAUGGAAGAGGAGGAGAUGGACAGCAUCACCGAAGUGCCUGCAAACAGCUCUUUUCUGAGGAGUUCCAUGCGUUCUCUUUCUCCCUUCCGGAGGCAUAGCUGGGGACCUGGGAAGAAUGCAGCCAGCGAUGCAGAAAUGAACCAGCGGAGUUCAAUGCAAGUUCUUGGGCAUGUUGUCAGGAGACCUCCCAUUCAUAGGAGAAGUAUGAGCUGGUGUCCCUCUGGUGUGCAGUACUCGGCUGCCCUGAAUGCUGACUUUAAUAUCAGAAGUUUCAGUCUGGAAGGCUUGACAGGAGGAGGUGUUGGAAAUAAGCCAUCCUCAUCUCUAGAAAUGAGCUCUGCAAACUCCAAUGAACUCAGAAACCCUUUCAGUGGUGAGGAACAGAGAAACUCUUUGAUGUCACUUUCAGAAGAACAUCUGGAGCCAGACCAGAGACAGCAUCACAGGAUGUUUGAUCAGCAGACAUGUUACAGGUCUAAACAACAGGGAUUUAACUACUGUACGUCAGCCAUUUCUUCUCCAUUGACAAAAUCCAUCUCAUUGAUGACAAUCAGUCAUCCUGGAUUGGACAAUUCACGGCCCUUCCACAAUACCAGUGCCAACCUGACCGAGAGUAUAACAGAAGAAAAUUGUAAUUUCCUGCCUCCGAGCCCCUCAAAAAAGAAUUUUGAAGAAAAGAGUGGGACUAAGGUUAGUCGCACCUUCAGCUACAUCAGGAAUAAAAUGUCCAGCAGCAAAAAGAGCAAAGAAAAGGAGAAGGAAAAGGAUAAAAUUAAGGAGAAAGAGAAAGAAUCUAAAGAGAAGGAAAAAGAUAAGAAGACUGUUAACGGGCACACCUUCAGCCCCAUUCCUACUGUGGGUCCCAUCAGCUGUAGCCAGUGCACGAAGCCUUUCCCCAACAAGGACGCCUACACAUGUGCAGGUUGUGGUGCCUUUGUCCACAAAGGCUGCAGAGAAAAUCUAGCCUCCUGUGCAAAGGUCAAAAUGAAGCAGCCAAAAGGGAGCCUCCAAGCACACGAUACAUCGUCGCUGCCCACGGUCAUCAUGAGAAACAAGUCGUCACAGCCCAAGGAGCGUCCUAGGUCUGCAGUCCUCUUGGCUGAUGAGGCCACUUCUGCACCAAUGUUUACUAACAGACGGUCCCAGCAGAGCGUCUCCCUCUCUAAAAGUGUCUCCAUACAAAACAUCACUGGAGUUGGCAAUGAUGAGAACAUGUCAAACACCUGGAAAUUUCUGUCUCAUUCAACAGACUCACUGAAUAAAAUCUGCAAGGUCAAUGAGUCCACAGAAUCCCUUACUGAUGAGGGAGUAGGUACAGAAAUGAAUGAAGGACAGCUGUUGGGAGAUUUUGAAAGCGACUCUAAGCAGCUAGAAGCAGAGUCAUGGAGCCGGACAGUGGACAGCAAGUUCCUUAAACAGCAGAAGAAGGAUGUGGUCAAGCGGCAGGAAGUGAUUUACGAGUUGAUGCAAACAGAACUGCAUCACGUCCGCACACUCAAGAUCAUGAGCGACGUGUACAGCCGGGGCAUGAUGACAGAUCUGCUCUUUGAGCAGCAGAUGGUGGAAAAGCUGUUCCCCUGCUUGGAUGAACUGAUCAGUAUCCACAGCCAGUUCUUUCAGAGAAUCCUGGAGCGGAAGAAGGAGUCUCUGGUGGAUAAAAGUGAAAAGAACUUUCUCGUCAAGAGGAUAGGGGAUGUGCUUGUCAGUCAGUUCUCGGGUGAGAAUGCAGAGCGCUUAAAGAAGACAUAUGGCAAGUUCUGUGGACAGCACAACCAGUCUGUCAACUACUUCAAAGACCUCUACACCAAGGAUAAGCGUUUCCAAGCCUUUGUGAAGAAGAAGAUGAGCAGUUCAGUAGUAAGAAGGCUGGGAAUUCCAGAGUGCAUAUUACUUGUAACUCAGAGGAUCACCAAGUACCCAGUUUUAUUCCAAAGGAUACUGCAAUGUACCAAAGACAAUGAAGUGGAGCAGGAAGACCUCACUCAGUCCUUGAGUCUGGUAAAGGAAGUGAUUGGAGCCGUGGACAGCAAAGUGGCAAGUUACGAGAAGAAAGUGCGUCUAGGUGAGAUUUAUGCGAAGACGGAUAGCAAGUCGAUCAUGAGAAUGAAGAGUGGGCAGAUGUUCGCCAAGGAGGACCUGAGACGGAAGAAGCUGGUGCGGGACGGGAGCGUGUUUCUGAAGAGCACAACAGGAAGGCUGAAAGAGGUUCAAGCAGUUCUACUCACUGACAUUUUAGUUUUCCUUCAAGAAAAAGACCAGAAAUACGUGUUUGCAUCAUUGGAUCAUAAGUCAACAGUGAUCUCCUUAAAGAAGCUGAUUGUAAGAGAAGUGGCCCAUGAGGAGAAAGGCCUGUUCCUCAUCAGCAUGGGGGUGAAAGAUCCAGAGAUGGUGGAGGUCCAUGCAAGCUCCAGAGAGGAGCGGAAUAGCUGGAUUCAAAUCAUUCAGGAUACAAUCAACUCCCUGAAUAGAGAUGAAGAUGAAGGAAUUCCCAGUGAGAAUGAGGAAGAAAAGAAAUUGUUGGAUACCAAAGCCCGGGAGUUAAAAGAACAGCUUCAGCAGAAGGACCAGCAGAUCCUCCUCUUGCUGGAAGAGAAGGAGAUGAUUUUCCGGGACAUGACUGAAUGCAGCACUCCCUUGCCUGAGGAUGGCUCCCCAACACACAGCCCGAGAGUGCUCUUCCGCUCCAACACAGAGGAGGCUCUCAAAGGAGGACCGCUGAUGAAAAGUGCAAUAAGUGAAGUGGAAAUCCUUCAGGGUUUGGUGAGUGGGAGCCUUGGUGGCACACUUGGACAGUCCAGCAGCAGCCCUGUUGAGCAGGAAGUCAUGGCUGCACCCAUUUCGUUGCCCCGGAGAGCAGAGACCUUUGGAGGAUUUGACUGUCAUCAGAUGAAUGCUUCCAAAGGAGGUGAGAAAGAAGAGGGUGAUGAUGGCCAGGAUCUCAGGAGAACAGAAUCAGAUAGUGGCCUGAAAAAGGGUGGAAAUGCUAACCUGGUGUUUAUGCUUAAAAGAAACAGUGAGGUUGUGCGGAGCAUUGCUCACCUCCACGAACUCCUCAGCAUGCUGCAGGGUGUUGUGCUACAACAAGACAGCUACAUUGAGGACCAGAAGUUGGUGCUGACAGAGAGGACACUCACAAGGAGUGCGUCCCGCCCCAGCUCUCUCAUUGAGCAGGAGAAGCAGCGGAGCCUGGAGAAGCAGCGCCAGGACCUGGCCAACCUGCAGAAGCAGCAGGCACAGCACCUGGAGGAAAAGCGCCGACGGGAGCGUGAGUGGGAGGCCCGUGAGCAGGAGCUUCGAGACCGAGAGGCCAAGCUGGCUGAGCGGGAAGAGACAGUCCGCCGCAGGCAGCAGGACCUGGAGAGGGACCGCGAAGAGCUCCAGCAGAAGAAGGGCAUUUACCAGUGCGAUCUAGAGAGGCUGCGGGCUGCCCAGAAACAGCUGGAAAGAGAGCAGGAGCAACUGAGGAGGGACACAGAGCGGCUCAGCCAGAGGCAGAUGGACCAGGACCUUUGCCAGGUUUCAAAUAGACACUGCAGACUGAUGCGGAUUCCAUCCUUCCUGCCCAAUGUGGAUGAGUUCCCCUCGCCGUCCGCACCUUCUUCUGUAACCAAAUCAGGCUCACUGGACUCAGAACUCUCCGUGUCUCCUAAAAGGAACAGCAUCUCUCGGACACAGAAAGAUAAGGGGCCUUUCCACAUACUGAGCUCAGCCAGCCAGACAAAGGGUCCAGAGGGGCAGAGCCAGGCCCCGUCCAGCACCUCCACUUCCACCCGACUCUUUGGGUUAGCUAAGCCAAAGGAAAAGAAGGAGAAAAAAAAGAAGAGCAAAGGAAGCCGUGCUCAGCCUGGUGAUGGCCCUGCUUCAGAAGGACCAGCAGAGGGUGAAGAGAUCUUCUGUUGAACCAUUUCCUCUACCAGGGCAGCCGCCUUCCAACCCUGACCUGACGGUGGAGCCUCGGGGCCCUCCUGCUGCCCCUGUGCACAAGUCUCUUACACUGGACGGCCACUGCCCCCAGUGUCCAGUCCUCCUGAGCUACCCCAGGCCUGGACAAGAAGGAACAGCACCUGUGUAGGGGUGGGGAUGGACACUCAGACUCCACUUCAGCUAUGACCUGUAACUGCCCAGGGCUUGGGGGGCCCUGGCUUUACUCAGGGUAUGACACUGAAAGUAGCGACCCUAGAAGUAGGUAAUAGUUUGAGACGUGUCAGGAUUCCCUAAAGGCCCAGAGGGUUUUUCCAAAUGAGGUCUGAAACCCUACCUUGCAUUUUGGGGGAAUACAACCAGAAUCAAAGAGCAGAUGGUGCAGACUGUGUACAGUGGUCAUCUUCAUGUACACAUGGACUACACCGCUGUGUACAGUUCUUCCCCAACAUCAACAUAGCUUAGGCCAAGAGCAAGCAUCUGGCUGGCCAGGUAGCGGGUGGGUGUUCAGUAUUCCACCCUGUGGUCCUCUGAGAUUGGGUCCCUUGAGAUGGCCCCUGUGCACACACCACCCCCUUUGUGUGUAUUCCUCAUUUCAUUUUAGGAAGAACAACAAAUGUUUGUGAAACCAGCAAGAGGCUUGAUGUCUACCAAAAAGCAUGGUCUGCACUGUCUGUGUCUCUGCACUCUAGGCUGAGCUCUCUCAGUUCUUAUUCAAAUCAGAAAGAAACAUGCUUCCUGUCCUAGAUGCCUGUCUACAUGCUCUGGGCACAGAGGAGGUAGAGAGAGCUCUUCACCACUGUCCCCAGUAUGACACUUCCUAGUUGUUACUGGUCCCUAUGGGAAAGCAUGCACCCUGUUAAUGCUCCCAGCCACCUGCCCGGGACUAGCCUGGACCCCGAGGCUUCUCUGGGACUACUGGCAAAAGUAGGUUCCUUAAGUCUGUCUGGUGGUUUUGCCAAUGCAGAGGGGAGCUGGCCCUUGCGCAUGGCUGUGUGCACCCCGUCAGUCACACAUCCUCCUCACACACGGUUUUCAGAUGCAGUUUGCUUGGUUGGUUGCGCUCUUCCCCUUGAAGCUGUCAAGUGCUGCCUGUCUCUCUUCUCGCCCUCCAUCUCCAUGUGUUGAUCUGUGCAUGCUUCCGGCCUUCACCAGCGCGCAUGUGCAGGGCAGUCCAUUGGUAAUGUACCCUCUAAGCUGACAUACUCCCCGCGAGGGACUCGCUGAGGCCUGGGCGUCACUGUGGCCUUCAUUUCCUGGUUUUGCCCUCAGAAGCACAGGGCUCUGAACAUAUGUGCAGAGACCAGCCUGUGACUUGGUGCUUGUCGGUGACCUGCAAGCCGGCCUUGCAGGGACAGAGAUUUGUCUUUCAGUUUACUUGAAAGAGUUCUGCUUUAAAGUUUUUAGCCUAAAUUUGUUUUAUUUAUUUUGUUUGUGUUUUGUUCUAUUUUAUUUUGAAAGUGAACCAGUACUGGCCCCACAGUUUCCACCAUCUUUUCAGUACAGAAAUGAUGUGUCUAUCCAAGUGCAUGAUGGUCCUGAGGAAAGCCAAAGUCGAGAUGGGGUGGUCCCUUCUGUCCCAGGCCCAUUUUUUCAUAAGGAACAUUUGUUAUCUUUUUUUUUGGAGAUUUUUAAAGUUGCCCCAUUGGCCACUUUUGCCUGUUUUUGACAAGAUUGGUUUGGCUCUUUAAAGUCUGGGGGUUUUGUCUUGUUGGUUGGUUUUUGUUUUUGUUUUCCUACUAAAAUUAUGGUGUACUUCCCUCAAGAACCUUAACAGCAGGAAGCUGGUUGCUUCCUUCUCCAAGUCCAGCUCUGACUUCCCGGCUGUCUGUCACUGCAGAGCCUGCCACACCUCAGAUCCACCACAGGGUUUGACUGGCUGCCCUUGUCCCUGCCUCAGUCUCAGGGAGACUGCACCCUUCCACAGGAAGCACUUCCGCUUGGCGGAGGAGCCUGACUCCCACCUAGACUUGACAAAAAAUCAGACAGAGCCCUGCCCUCUUCCCUGUGCAGAGGUGCAGAGGUGCAGAGGGAGGCCAGUAACCGCGCCUCCAGGAUCACUCUGACACACGCAGUGAGACACUGUCUACCCCGGGAAGCUUGAUUCUGUGCCCCUGCCUACCCCAUCCCACCCCUGCCUGUGCCCUCUGACCCAGCCAGCUAUGUUGUGUUUGGCUUGCUUUGGUUGUUUUUAAAAACCAAUUUCACUUCUACCCACAUUCCCCAAAACAAUGGUCAGUGACAGUUGGGAGAAGUUAAAAUCCAAAGUAUCCUCUGCAUGCCCCUAAGCUGCCAACUUCCUCCAGGGAGAGAACCACUUGCCAAGAACUGAUCCACCUGCCACACCCCCUGCCACACCCCUCAGAAGCCUGUCAAGCUGGGGAGUUGCUGCUGUGCUCUUCUUGCCUAGGACCCUGAAGAGUGCUGUGGCUGAGGCAGCGGCCAGCCUUCUGUGGAGUCCCUUCUCUGAGAAGGGUGGUUUUCUAGGGACCAGGAUUAUGUCCUGUCCUGUUCCCCAUACUGAGAAAUCAUGAUUUUAUAUCGAACAAAAGAAAUCAUUGCAUUGGGGGACAGGUGGAAAUUGACCCCAGCCUUGUGGAAUCUAGUGAACUUUCUGGAAAAUUGCAUCUUCUCUCAAAAAUUAUAAUCAUCUCAGUAGUUGUCAUCCCAUCUGGGUGACAUGUGCACUUUAAAUAACCUCUCUUGAGCUGGCUUCAUCUUUGAGACAAUCAAAUCUGUUAACUGUUUUCUUAGAAGAUGGAGAGGGUUAAAAUAAAGCCGUGCCAGCAUGCCCCACCUCCCCACUCUCACGGAAGUCGCCUGCAGGGAGGAAGCCUCACCCUGACUGAUGUGUUUGUUUCAAAAGGUACGAACUGAGUCUUUGUGGGCUACACCACUAGUGCUGCCCUUCGCUCAUCCCGCCCACCCCACACUGGUUGUUCCCGGCCUCCCUCAUAGCAGCAGCAAGCACACGUGUUGAACCCUUCAGAGUAACAUUAGUGCGCACAGGCUUAGUAAAGGACACAACCUUGACCCAUAGGCCAGAGCUUGCCCAGAGUCCUCUCCAUGCAAGUUUGUAAUGUCUCCUCCUCCUAUCCCAGAUGCUCCUGUGCCCUCACCCACUGUCCUUCCAAGGCUCUUGCUUGGUAUUUCAUGACUAAGUUGCCUUUGACAUGUACCUAGAAAACAGUCCUGGAGUGUGGGCUUCCUUGCCUGGACAUCUGCGCAUGGGUACUUUUAAGUGAGGCAGUGACACAUACACACACACAUGUACACACCCACACGUACACGUACACACACACACACACACACACACACCUGCAGACUGCAGAGACCAAGGGCGCAAUGUGUUUGGGUUGAGCUCCUUGUUUUCUUUCAUGUAGCAUAACAUUCCUAGUUUGCUAGACUUUGGAGUCUGCCACCUGCUGGCCAGGUGGAGAAAUGCAAAGUAUUCUAAUGCUGCCAUAAAGGGGGGGGAGGGGUGGCAGAGGCCUUUACCUGCACUCACAAGAUUUACUAUGUCAAAUGAUGGACAGGUCCUGAGUUAUUUCUCCAUCUCAACUAAGGUGUAAAGUGGGUGGCCCCCACUACUGCAAGUGUGCCCUGUGGAGAAACCAGGCAGGUGCUACUGCCGCAGACCCCAGAGGGUCUCUGCAGGAAGCACAGAACCUAUGCCUUAGAACCCUCCUAGCCUCAGCUGCCCUGCUGCGGUUACCACCUGCUGGGACGGGCCUAGCCCAGUUGGCUUGUCUCAGGUUUCCUCCUGAGGCCUGGGCUCUGCAGAAGGGCAGGAUACACCUAUACCUCUGUCUUGUUAAGUCGUCUCCAAAUGCUGUAUGAACAUUUCUGUACUAAGCCCUGUUAAAUAAAAAGUCGGGUUAAACCCAAGCGCUGUAUAGUAAUUUGUAAUUAUGUAUAAAGUGAAGCAGUUUUGAACUGUAAAGAUUUUCAGUGUGUUUUCUGGAAAGUCGCCACAACAUACUGGCUUUGUAUUUUAUUUAUCAUCUUUGUAGUUACUGGCUUCUGACUCUUGUAAAGUCCCCCUCAGACCUUUCAAAAAUAAUAAAUGUCCUUUGAAAUCUUGA